GCUGUAAAACUGUUGAAACUGGCGUCUUCGACCAAGGGAACAAUAAAACUGUGAUGGACAAACCUUUAUUGUCAGCUGAAGACAAAAAGAACCCACCGGAUAAUGCCACUAACAUCGAAAAAGGAGAAAGAGCAAAAACCAAGGAGGAAGAAACAAGAAAGAUAACUGGCAUAAGAAAUCUUGGGGCAAACUCUGAGGUCCCUUCUGAUGAAGAUGUCGUGGAGCAGUUGGGCGAGUUGGGCGAAUUUGUCCUUCUGGAAUGGGAUGGAGGGAAUGGAUCACAAAGCCCUGAGGAAUCACUAUCAAAGUCAACUUCACCGGAGCAGUCACAAGAACAGACGUCCAAUUCAUGGGAUUAUAUGCCGAGUAUGCAAAGUAUACCAUUCAGGCCCAGAGUAAAGGUCUACUGCUUCAUCACUGGAGACACAUUUGGUGCUCAUGAGAGCAUAAUGGCAAAAGUCAGAAACAACAGGCUGUUCUCUCCACUUGUGGAAGAAACACAAGGUCCAGAGGAUUCUCGGGUCAUCGUCGUCUUUUGUCCAAUCACGUCACGUGUUGGAUCAGAUGUGGAAUCAGCCAUGAGAGACCAACGAGUCUCAUCGUCAGAUAAACCAGUGAUUCUGGUUCUUAUGCAUCACACCAGAGACGUCGACUAUUCAACAGGAGAGAGCAACUGGUCCGAAACGUAUAAAGAUGUUGUGCUGGCGGCCCAUGUUUUCUUCCAUGAGACUGAACCAGGAUUACUGAAUUGUGAAAGGAACGAUCAGGCAAUUGAAGAAGUUAAGCAAAAGUUACAUAGUUAUUGGGAAUGGUAUUCUUUAUGUUUCUCAACAAAACCAGUCAGUCACAUGCCUUGUGAAGUUGUUUAAGCUUAAAUGAGAAAUUUCUCAUUUUUGAGUUUCUGACCCCCAAACAUUUCCAAUAUUUGGUUUCAGCUCUGUUUUAUAUAAAAAGAAUCAACAACUCUGGUGUUAUUCUUUAUAUUUUUUCUUGAAAGUAAAAACAUAACUCAAAAUUAUGUCCAGUAAUGCAUGCUUUGUAAAUAAAAGCUUUGAACAGCUUGU